AUGAGAUGUGCAUUCUACUCAGAGCCCAGGGCGUUGACCGCCGCGCAGCGGAAGAAACUCAAAAAGAAGCAACAGGCUAUGGAACAAGAGUCUAAACGUGAAGCAGAACGUGCUAGCGCUCCGAAUCUAAAGGCAGCAGAAGAUGAUGAUAUCCUACAGCAACUUCAGGCUGUCGGUAAAACCAUAUUCAAAAUACUGGGUGAUGGAAACUGCCUCUUCAGAGCUGUGGAGCAUCAGAUAAUGUGCGCCAGGGAACGUGGGACUGCAAUACUUGCAUAUGACCAUGCUGAACUAAGACAGAUGGCCGUUCAACACAUGAGAUCACAUAGAGAGGAUUACGAGGGUUUCAUAGCUGCGCAAUCUGUUCCACAAAAGGGUGAGAAAUCCAACGGACACUGUAUAUGGUAA